CUGAGUCCAGACGUCGCCGACCGCGUCUUUCCUAUCCGCUCUGUCGUUUCCGUCGACCCCAAUGCUACCCCUUCGCAUCGCUCCGACACUAGCAAUAAUGGUUAUUUUACCCAGACGCCUCACCAGGGCAGACGGUUUUCUACGGCUAGCGAAUCAGAUCACAAGGCUCACGACGCCUCAUCAAGGAACAAGACCAGUGGUUCUACAGAAAGUCAUCAGCACAAGUCUCAAGACCGCCAGAGUUCGAGUAGCGCGAACAAGAAACACCGGCAUUCGGCACAAUUGUUCAACGAACUCGCUUCUAGCAGAAACGAUAGCGACAAUCGCUCCACCGACUCGCGAAGCACCCGUCCACGGUCGUCAGAACGCGCACCUUCCAUGAAGAGUUUAAGCGCCACGGAUGAGACAGGGACUGGCCUGAUCACCGCUCGAUUCAAGCAUGUAGUAUCUGAAGGAGGCCACGCUAUCAUCACCGGCAGAGACGGAGAGACGCUCCAGCGCUGUGAAGACGAACCCAUUCACAUCCCUGGUGCCGUUCAAAGCUUUGGACUACUGAUCGCGUUCGAAGAAGAGACCGAAGGCAAACUGAUUGUGAGAGUUGUCAGCGAAAACUCCAAGAGGCUUAUCGGCUACACACCAAAGCAAUUAUUUGCCCUCGAGAGCUUCACAGAUAUUCUUUCCGAGGAUCAAACAGACAACCUUCUGGAUCAUGUUGACUUCAUUAGAGACGAAGAGGCAGAUGUGGGCUCGAAUGGGCCCGAAGUCUUCACCAUGUCAAUACGAACACCACAACGGAAGCUGCAAAAGCUGUGGUGCGCCAUGCACAUCACUGAUAAGAAUCCCGGUCUCGUCAUCUGCGAAUUCGAACUCGAAGACGACCCAGUCUAUCCUUUAGUUCCUCACAAUGAAGGGACACCCGACCUGCCCGAAGACACACUCAGCUCAAACCCAACAGCUGACGAGUAUGCUGAGAGCACAGAGAUCGCGAGCAAGCCUUUACGAGUGCUACGUAGUGCCAGGAAACGUAAGGGAGAGGCUGCCGCCAUGGAGGUUUUCAAUGUCAUGUCGCAAGUACAAGAACAGCUUGCAGCUGCUCCUAAUUUGGACAAGUUUCUCAAAAUCCUUGUCGGCGUCGUGAAGGAACUUACUGGUUUUCAUCGCGUCAUGGUGUACCAAUUCGAUUCCCAGUGGAACGGUCGUGUUGUGACCGAGCUAGUGGAUCCCAGGGCCACCAAAGAUCUUUACAAAGGAUUGAACUUCCCCGCUUCUGACAUCCCAAAGCAAGCACGAGAGCUCUACAAGAUCAACAAGGUUCGCAUGCUGUACGAUCGCGACCAUGAGACCGCCCGCCUGGUCUGCCGCACUGUACAAGACCUGGAGAAACCCUUGGAUCUGACAUACUCCUACCUUCGAGCCAUGUCUCCCAUUCACAUCAAGUACCUUGCCAACAUGGCUGUGCGGUCAUCCAUGUCCAUCUCAAUCAACGCCUUUGAUGAACUUUGGGGUCUGAUUUCUUGCCACGCCUAUGGUUCCAAGGGAACUCGUGUUUCUUUCCCUAUCAGGAAGAUGUGCAGGCUCGUUGGUGAGACUGCUUCACGGAAUAUUGAACGACUUUCAUAUGCCUCACGACUUCAUGCUCGCAAACUUAUCAACACUGUUCCAACAUCGAAGAACCCAUCCGGAUAUAUUAUUGCUUCGUCAGAAGACCUCUUGAAGCUAUUUGAUGCUGAUUUUGGUAUGCUUUCUAUCAGAGAUGAGACUAAAGUGCUUGGACAUGUCGAAGAGACUCAAGAAGCUUUGGCCAUGCUUGAGUAUUUGAGAAUGCGCAAACUCACCUCUGUCACUGCCACACAAGAUUUGAAGGAAGAGUUUCCCGAUUUACGUUAUCCACCUGGCUUCCAUCACAUUGCUGGUCUACUUGUUGUUCCGCUUUCUGCUGGUGGCAACGACUUCAUCGUCUUUUUCCGCAGAGGGCAGCUCCGAGAGGUGAAGUGGGCAGGUAAUCCUUACGAGAAAUUCGUUAAAGAAGGCACUGAGGGAUACCUCGAGCCUAGAAAGAGUUUCAAGACCUGGAGUGAGACAGUCGUUGGCAAGUGUCGCGAUUGGACCGAGGAGGAGAUCGAAACAGCUGCUGUCCUCUGCCUUGUCUAUGGCAAAUUUAUUGAGGUCUGGCGGCAAAAGGAGGCUGCGCUGAAGAACAGCCAAUUGACACGCUUACUUCUAGCUAAUUCGGCUCACGAGGUGCGGACGCCGCUCAACGCCAUUAUCAAUUAUCUCGAGAUAGCCUUGGAAGGCAGUCUGGACGAAGAUACACGCGAGAAUUUGUCCAAGUCACAUUCUGCAUCCAAGUCGCUCAUCUACGUUAUCAACGACUUACUAGAUCUCACCAAGACCGAAGAAGGCGGCAGUCUUACCAAGGAAGAGCCAUUCAACUUGUCUGCUACUUUGAGAGACGCCACAGAUCAGUUCGCUGGUGACGCGCGCCGCAAGAAGCUCAGCUACGACGUGAUCGAGCACCCUGGCCUCCCCGCCACUGUCAUUGGAGAUCAGAGAAAGGUUCGCCAAGCUAUAUCCAAUGUCACAGCAAACGCCAUUCAGAACACCAAGACUGGCGGAAUAAGCAUUGAGAUGUAUGUGCUCUCCAGAGAAGAACAACAUGUCGAGGUCGAGAUCACCAUUACCGAUACUGGAUGUGGUUUGAACAGCAAGAAGUUGGAUAGUUUGUUCAGAGAACUGGAACAAGUGCAAAGUGAAACGCACGAUAUGUUGGACGAGGAACCGGCUUUCAAUGCCAAACAGGUUGAGUCAGGGUCGGAAGAGACGCGCACUAUAGGCCUCGGUCUGGCUGUGGUAGCGCGUAUCGUCAGAAACAUGAACGGGCAAUUGCGACUCAAAUCUGUCGAAAACAAGGGUUCGCGUUUCACUCUGCAAUUGCCAUUCGAUCUACCUACCAACGGACAGAAAACGCUUGCAGGGUCCAUGUCAGAAGGAUCACAACGAUCCACGCUCAUUUCUGCAGGCAACGAGGGCGAGAUCACACUUGUUGAGCGUGGCAGCCAAAGGCGGAACUCGACCGAGCAAUCUCUUUCUCGCACAACAAGCAACGAAAGUAUACACAGCAAGCGCAGUUUGCCGAGCAUGAAGUCUGGGCGCAGUCAUGCCAGUGAAGAAUCAACUCGAAGCGAGGCCGAUAGACUCAUUGACGCAAUUUCAUCACCCGUCGAUGCCAAAAGAGGCGCGCCUUCCCGUGGAAAGGGUUCUGGUAGUGGACAAAGGCCAAUGUUGGGCUCACGACAUAGUACAUCAGCACUCCCAAGCAGCAGCCAGUCACUAAGGCCUCGAUCAAUGAGCAACGAAACCAACCCACAAGAACUAAGUACAGAGGUAAUAAGAGACCCGCCUGGCAGGAAAAGUAUCAUGGACCAAGGACGACCCGUUCGAGCCGUGCGCGUGCCAGAGGAAACAGACGAUGUUCCUCCUGCAGCUCAAGACCAACCACAGGAGUCGUCGCGCGUCCUUGGUGCGCAUCAAGAGGAACCUCCGGAGACAACAGAUGAAGCUCCUACAGCGGACCAUAUGCGUGUCUUGGUUGCCGAGGACGAUCCGGUCAACAGUAGGAUCAUCAAGAAACGACUCGAGAAAAUGGGUCACGAAAUCUACCUUACCUCAAACGGCGAGGAAUGUUCCAGCACUCAUGGAGACAAGAGCGGCUACUUUGAUGUUGUCUUGAUGGACAUGCAGAUGCCUAUUGUGGAUGGUCUCACAGCUGCCAAGGUUAUUCGUUCAUUUGAGAAGUCGCAUCCUUCACAUUUGCUCUCUACCCGGGCAUCUCUCAACGGCAGAAUUCCUAUCAUUGCAGUUUCUGCAUCUCUUCUUGAGAAAGAGCGCCAAAUAUAUGUCGAUGCUGGCUUUGACGGCUGGAUUCUUAAGCCUAUCUCUUUCCCGCGUCUUCAAGAGAUCAUGACCGGAAUUGUUGACAAGAAUGUUCGCCACAAGAACGUCUAUGUCAAAGGCGAGUGGGAACGAGGUGGUUGGUUUGAAGAAUCUCAGUCUGAUGUCUGGGAUGCCGAGACAAAACCAGACGACGACAAAAUCGCCAUGUCUGGACCUAGCAAUGCUGUGCAAAAAGAGGCUGCUAGUGAUGACCCGCAAGAGAAGGGGGACGACGAAGACGACAGCAGACAGACCCAGGAGCAGCACAGAAUAGCCAACGUGCAA